UUGGGCAACAACAGAUGGACAGCGGAAAAACACAGAAUUCACAAAGUUUUGUGUCAGUGGCAAGUAAAAACGACCACGAUAGACAACAUCAUCUAAAUGAAAAGACGAUUUUAUCUCCUGAGAGCGCCACCUCUGAACUAACAACACUGCUACAGCGUUCACGGAAAGAAUUUUACAAAGACAGGAAAAUCGUUGUGAGAAAUGUCCCUCCUUGUUCUUAUGAGGAGGUGAAGGAAUUUAUGGGUGAUCAUCCAGUGAGCAACAUCACCAUUAGUAAGAAAUCUAGGCAUGCCAUUGUCACGUUACAAGAGGGUGAAAAAGCCAUAGAAAUUGCCUCAGCAUUGGAUAAGAAGCAUCUGCUCAACACAGAAGUGUCUGUAUCUUUCUAUCCAAGUGAUCGACUUCUUUGUGUGGCUCACUUACCUAGUGAUUUCACGGAGAGUAAAUUUGAAGCUCUUGUAUCCACAUAUGGCCCAGUUGAAAAGUCCUUCUUGAUGAGAGAUGAGUUUAUAGGUGAGAGCAAAGGCUAUGGGUUUGUUGAAUAUUGUGUGAAUCGAGAGAAGUCCAUACCUGCCAGAGAGGAACUUGACUGGAAAACUGUUGACCAGUCCACAAUUCAGUGUGAUUUUAUCUGCGGAAAUCAAGCAAACUACAAUCAGCUGAAUUCACGUUGCCUGUUGGUAGAAAAUCUUCCUGAGGAUUUUCGAGAUGAUUGUCAUCUGCGAGAUAUUUUUAGCUUGUUUGCCAAUCCAGCGUACUGUCGAAUUCUUGUCAAAGACAAUGAAACAUCAUUAGGAAUAGCUAUUGUUGAGUAUACCGACCACGAUGUGGCCUCACAAACUCGUCACCAUCUUGAUGGAUCAAGAGUGAAGGGAUCACCUAUUUCCAUAUCCUAUUGUCUUGUAGGAAAGACUGCCAUUGAUAUUUAUAAUCGCUUCAUUUCUCGAAAGGAGGCUUCCACAACAAAGGGAGUUACAGGCAGUACGCACAAGUCCGGUCUGCUACCAAACCCUGUUUUUCUGAAUGAGACGCUUGUUAAUUCCCCGUUGAUGAAAUCCCUCACAUUCAGACAACCACGUUUGAUGCCAAAGCUGCAGAGAGCUCUGAAGGAGCUUCAGACUGGCUACACUCACCAGAUCCACGGGACAAACAGACAGGGUUUAUUAGGCCCUGCCCCUUCUAUGAUGAAUCCCCUGAUGAACCCCAAUCUGCAGCUGGGACUUGCUACUAUGUUAGCUCUACAACUACACAGUCAAGCAGACUUGCCCAUUCAGGCAAACCCCAGUACCUCAGAUGCUUUACAUUUGCUGACUCUACUCCAGCCUUCCAUGACACAGAAGGGCAUGUCUGGAACAAAGCCAUCUCUGCUUGGUGAUCCAUUCACAGCUCAGGCUAGAAUUCUUGUUCAGAACCUCAUGUCACAGCUAAAUGGAAACACAGAAAGUCAAAGGUCAGCUGGUGGCAGCUGUGAUGAGAAUCAGUUGUCAUCAUCAUGGGAACACCAGAGCAGUUUUACUGAAGGAAGCCUGAAGAAUGUAAACAUGAACUCCUUAGUAAAUCUGGGGCAAAUUGUGGCAGCAAUUCAGCAUAAUCGCCCUUCAGCUCCACCAUCAGUACCAGGUGCUUACAGUCAGGUAAAACCAAGGAACAGUCUGCUGGGUGAUGCUUCAAACUAUUUUGGCAGCAAUGAAGCAAAUAACGGAAAUAGGUCUUGGGAGAAACAGAUGCAUCAAGUGUUAAAGUCACAAUUAAUCGGUGAAAGAACUAACACAACAGAAGACUGUAAAGAGAACUUCCUGCGUAAUUUACAAACACUGGCUUCGCAGUAUUCUGGAAGUAAGGGUUUUAUGCCAGCGACCAAUGCUAACAACAGCAUGGCAUAUGCUAAUAACAGUACUGUGUCCAACGGAAACAGUUUACUUGGAAAUUACAGCAAUUCCACACCACCAUUUCAUAUUGGACAGAAUAACAACAACACAAAUGUGGAUCAUUGUCAGAAUAAUAACGUUCCUGCUUUCACUCAGAAUGAUCAGUGUGUAGACUUGAUUGGCAGUGAACAGGGGAAUGGCGUCCACAACUUUCAUCAUCAAAAGUCAGCCUUGUUACCUGAACCAGGACUUAGUAAUCCUCCUGUAUAUAAGACCUGUCAAAUCAACAACUACACUCAACAGACAGCAAGUGGCAAAGUCCACAAAGCCCAUCCCUUGUUACCAGCACCCUUCCAGACACCCAGCAGUACUGUACAGAAACCACCUCCAUUGCUACCAGCACCAUUCCAGAUGUCAGGCUCACAAAACAUCCACAGUCUUGUCACUAACAAUACAUCCAGCAGCACUGUCCAGAAACCACCUCCAUUAUUGCCUUCACCAUUCCAGAUGUUAAGGUCACAAAACUGCGAACAAGUCAAUAAAAAUGCACUGGUCACCUGUAUCCAAAAGCGUCCUCCAUUGUUACCCACAAUCUUUCAAGGAUCUGGUUCACAAAAUGUCAGCAGUUUAGUCAGUAACACAACGAACUCCAAUAACUUCUCAAAACAACAGCCCUUGUUACCUGAUCCAUACAGUAAUCUCUUUGAACAACUGGGUCACCAUGGUAACAAGACAAAUGUAGUUGAUAACGUCACCAAACCACAGCCAUUGCUCCCAAACCCAAUGUCCCAUUCGAAUUCCUACAACAGCUCCUCACUGGGCAUAGGUUCUCAUAGUUUUCAGUCCAGCAAGAUGGAGAACUCCAUGAAGCAGCAAGCAUUACUUCCAGACCCUGUCCCACAUAGUCUACAGGGUGAACUAUUUUCUCCGCAUAAGGGUCCUACUAGUCGCCAAGCCAUAGGCACUGUGGGCUCCAAAACUUCUGGCCUUUUGGCUACACCCAUUGGAAAAAAGCGUACAUACAGCAGUUUGUUGCCAGCACCUGAGGUCAGCCCAGAUGGAAACUACAUAGGGCAGCACUCUCAGGGCAUUGGAGGCCAUUAUGCAGACUCUUAUUCAGCCAAACGACGAAGGAAUAACUCAUGGCAGCCACACUCUCUUUUCAAAUCAUGACCGUAAAC